AUGCCAUCCCGAUUCAACCAUACGGCUAAAGAUGACCAUCCCAACUGGAGGAAAGGUCCAGAGGUCGAACAUGUCGAAUGGAGGAACAAUCCUCAGCCAGAUAUAGCGGAUGAGUCGCUGGUGCAAGCAGAAGGUGAAGACAAAAUCACCCCUUAUUUGGUCUUCCUCAUUCUUGUCGCCGCUCUCGCUGGGUUCCUUUUCGGUUACGAUACAGGAGUCGUCGGAAGCGCCCUGCCAUUGGUGGGUACGGAUCUGGGCAAAGCGCUCACCUCGUCGGAACAAGAAAUCAUUACAGCUGGUACGACCAUUGGAGCCAUUUUUGGUGCUGGUAUCCUGGGUCCCCUUGCGGAUAGGCUUGGACGAAAAUGGUCCCUAUUUAUUGCAGAUGUAUUCUUCACCCUCGGAGCCGUCCUUAUCUCGUCGAGUUACUCGCUGGGUCAGAUCAUUGUCGGUCGUCUCGUCCUUGGUGUCGGAGUUGGAGGAGCGGCUUUAAUAGCCCCCAUGUACAUCACUGAACUCGCUCCAACAGCUGUUCGAGGACGAUGCAUUGGUGUCAAUGCCUUCUUUAUCCCAUUUGGUCAAGUCGUCUCGAGCGCCGUUGGUGCCGGCGUCCAGAAUACUCCUCACGGGUGGCGUAUCCUGUUCGCUCUGGGAGUGGUUCCUUCGGUACUUCAAUUGUCUUUGAUGCACUUCUUGCCUGAGUCACCUCGAGUGCUCCUGCUUCGUGGAAGGGAUGAGGAAGCAGCCGCAAUAUUAUCUCAGAUUUACGUCAAGGCUACACCCGAGAUCAUCGACCUCAAGCUCAGUGUCGCUAGAAGUUAUGUCGAAGCGACGACUUCGAUGCAACGAGAAUUGACUCUAUGGGAGAGGGCCAAACGACUCUGGACCCACAAGCCAUAUCGACGUGCCAUUAUCGCUGUCAGUGGACUCCAGAUUUUCACGCAACUCACCGGGUUUAAUACGUUCCUUUACUACUCUGGUACUCUCUUCGGUCUACUCGGUUUUUCCAACCCCGCAGCAGCGGGGCUGAUCCCCUCUGGAAUAAAUGCGGUCAUGGUGUUCAUCGGUAUGUCUGUAGUCGACAAGGUUGGACGACGAAGAUUGCUUCUCAUCUUCGCCCCAAUCAUGAUGGCCGGGCUUGUUUGGGCUGCAGUAGCGGUUUGGUAUAUGACUGCUGAAACCGAUCACCUUCUCGUUACGGGCUACGAUUACUCUCAUACUAUGGCAGGUCUCCUUGUUGGAGGUAUCGUCCUGUUUGUCAUCGGAUAUGGGAUGAGCUACAGUUUCUUGGGUUGGUAUCAAUCCGAGUUCCUUGCGCUGGAGAUCAGAGGAUCCGGUUCCGGAAUCUCGACCGUGUCGGUAUGGGUCGCCAAUUUGAUCGUGUCCGUUUCGUACCUCUCUCAAUUGGAGACCAUUACCCCCACUGGUACUUUUUGCCUUUACCUUGGAUUCACGUUUGUCGGAUACAUCUUCGCAUAUUUCUGUUAUCCUGAAUCAAAGGGAAUAUCAGUCGAUGAAAUCGCCAAGCUCUUCAAAGAUGACUUCGGCAUCCGUAAAUCUGAACAACUCCGAGCUGGCAGACUCGCAGCGGUCCAACGUAUGGACGAGAAGAAAAAGAAUACACAAUCAAGCGGAGAGGAGGACAAGAACAUCGAGGUUGCUCACGCAGAGGUGUGA